UACAUUGAAUUCGACACCUGGGCUUAGAUACCUGGUCCUCGCUGCUAUAUAAGAUGGCACUUCCGUAGCAAUUCCAUAAACACAAGAGAGACCUCAGGUUUUUUACCAUUGUUCUGUGUUUCCUUCGUUUACCUUCUUCAUUCAACAUUUCGUGGGAUAUCGCUCACUUAUUUAUAACUGUCCGGAAUAUAGAUGACUUUCUGAAGGGAAUCGUGUACUUGUUCAUUUUGAUGUCCACAUCUGUGUUGUUUUAUUUGUGUGUCGUGUACAUUGUUCUUCUGGGUCUAUUUCUUCCUCUCUCUCCUAUCAAGAACUCUUUUUUACUUACUUCAAAAAUACCAAGCUUUGAUUUUUAUGGAUAAAAGGUGAAAGGGCCAUGUAAUAGGACCGCUAAAUGUUUGCUAAACUUCAACUAGCUUCUUCCCUCUGGGUUGCCAUUUUUUCUCUGCAUCAACGUUCCUGUGAUCCAUUUUCUUUUUCGAUUUGGAAGAUUCUGAAUAUCCAUGAAAAGCUUUACUACCAUCAGUAAUGUCAUUUUUGCUGUAUUCAUAUUUUGUUUGGCUGCUUGGUGCUGUGGAGAAGCGGACGAGGAUGUAGUAGCUCCAAUGGAAAAAACAGAGAAGGAAGCUCUGUACUCUACUGUACAGGGCUUUGUGGGCGAUUGGUGGAAUGGCUCAGCUCUGUAUCCAGAUCCCUGUGGGUGGACUCCUAUACAGGGUGUCUCUUGUGAUCUGUUUGAUGGGCUUUGGUAUGUCACUGCGUUAAAUAUUGGACCCAUUCAUGACAACUCUCUUGAUUGUGCCACAAAUAUUGACUUCCGACCAAAGCUUUUUGAGCUUAAGCACCUCAAAACUCUAUCAUUCUUCAAUUGCUUCGUCUCUCCCCGACGACAUCCCAUAGCCAUUCCCUCCAAUGACUGGGAGAAGCUUGCUGGCAGCUUAGAAUCAUUAGAGUUCCGAUCAAACCCCGGUCUCAUUGGACAAGUUCCUUCUAGCUUUGGAAUGUUCGAGAAGCUCCAGUCAUUAGUGCUAUUAGAAAGUGGAUUAACUGGGAAAUUACCUACAAAUAUUGGCAACUUGAUCAACUUGAAGCGUCUAGUUCUUGCUGGGAACUGGUUUACUGGUCCCAUCCCUGAGAGUUUUGGGGGGUUGAGUCAAUUACUUAUACUUGAUUUAAGUAGGAAUACGCUAUCUGGGCCUUUGCCAUCGACUCUUGGAAGGCUGACCUCACUUUUGAAGCUUGAUUUGAGCAACAAUCAACUGGAAAGGAUGCUUCCGAGUGAGAUUAGUAAUUUAAAGAAUCUGACCCUAUUGGACCUUAGAAACAACAAGUUCUCAGGCGGCUUAACUAAGUCACUUCAAGGGAUGUAUUCCUUGGAACAGUUGGUCUUGUCUAACAACCCCAUUGGAGGAGUCCUUAUGUGCCUUGAGUGGCAUGACCUACACAACCUGGUCAUUUUGGAUCUUUCUAACACUGGCUUGAAAGGAGAGAUACCCCAGUCCAUAUCAAAAUUAAAAAGAUUAAGAUAUCUGGGUCUGAGUGACAACAAUCUCACAGGCAAGCUCCCUACAAAGCUAGUUAUUCUACCUUGCGUUUCUUCUCUCUACCUAAACGGGAACAAUCUUACAGGAGAGCUUAAUUUCUCUGAAGGGUUUUACGGAAAAAUGGGAAGGCGGUUUGGGGCAUGGAGCAACCCGAAUCUUUGCUACCAGGUUGGUUUGAAGUCAGCCAGACAUGUCCCGUAUGGGGUAAAACCAUGCCAGCAAGAAGAGGUCGCAGUGCUUGAACCCAAUUCAAGAACCAAGUUGGCUGGUGAGAAUCUGAAUCAGAACUCCCAUCAUGUGGCCUCUUUGGGAUUUCCACGCUAUGUCAUUGAUGGGUUUUGGUGGGUCUCUCUGUUGGAGAUGUUGAUAUGUCAAUUCUUAAGUUGUUUCCUAUAGCUGUGUGUCUUGAUUUGAGAAGUCUCAGAGUCCAGCAGAUUACCUUGCAGAUGAAACCGCAUUUUAUCUUUUUUUCUUUUUCAAUCUUGGCCAGUCUCCAAACAUAAGUUGUCGUUUUUUCUUUUUUCUUUCUCCUGUAGUAGCAACCAUUUAUGGAAAGUUCUACUUUUUAA